AUGAGUUACGCAACGGAGCGCGGCGUCCGUGGGCUCGCAGGGACUUGUGGGAUAUUGAGUCCUGUAGUAAAACGACCGCCCUCCUCUGAGCUAACAGCGGAGCAGUUAGCUUCACGCGUCGGAGAAUUUGGGCCUCAAACUACUCUUCGCAAGUGCAGCAGUCGAACUUUAGAUCAGAAUUCCACAAACUAUGGCAGAGUGGACGGACACCAAUUCAGAGCCCAUAAAGCUGUCCUGGCCGCCUGCAGUCAGUUUUUCCAUAACUUUUUCCAAGAUUUUACCCAAGAGCCCUUGGUUGAGAUUGAAGGAGUCAGUAAUGCAGCUUUUCGUCAGCUGAUGGAGUUUACAUACACCGCCACUUUGGCUGUAACUGGUGAAGAGGAGGCAAAUGAUGUGUGGAAGGCAGCAGAGUAUCUCCAGAUGCAUGAAGCCAUCAAAGCGCUUGAUGGCAGGGCCAAUGACAAUUCUACAAACACAAAGAGUAAGGCUAAAAAGAGAAAGAUUGCAGAGACUUCAAAUGUGAUCACGGAAACUCUACCAACAGUAGAAGUAGAAGAACAGGUGAAAAUUGAAAUAAUUGGAGACGUUGCAGUCGAAGAAGUGAUCGAUACAACAAGGCACUCUCAAUCUUCAUCUGACGACUCCGCUCUGGCUCUUCUCGCUGACAUCACAAGCAAGUACCAACAGGGGGAGCCAACAGUGCAGGUUCUCAAACGAGGAGAAAUUGAACAGGAAAUUGCAUAUCAGGAGGAAACUGUAUCUGCCUCUAAAUCCCUGGAAGUGGACGUUGUAGAAGUCCAGAUUUCUCAAGUGGACAACAUAUUUCGAUGUAGUAAAUGUAAUCGCAGCUUCAAGUUGUACUAUCACCUGAAGCAGCACAUGAAGGCACACGUUGGCUCUUUGGAGAAACCACAUGUUUGUGGCCACUGUGGAAAAGCCUACACCAGGGAGGGCGCUCUCAAGCAGCAUGUCAACACUUUUCAUUUCGAGGAAGAAGAACUGCCACUGAACCAAAAGGUGCAGAAGAAAGUGCAUGUUUGUGAUUACUGCCAAAAGGUUUUUGACCACUUUGGACACUUUAAGGAGCACCUACGAAAGCAUACAGGUGAAAAACCUUAUGAGUGUCCUGACUGUCAUGAAAGAUUUGCAAGAAAUAGUACGCUGAAGUGUCAUAUGACGGCCUGCCAGAACGGAGCUGGAGCCAAAAAGGGACGCAAGAAAAUCUAUGAGUGCCAGGUUUGUGACAGCGUAUUCAACAUUUGGGAGGACUUCAAAGACCAUCUUGUGUGCCACACUGGGGACAAACCCAACCACUGUACUGUGUGUGACAUGUGGUUCACCUACCCAAAAGAUCUCAAAGAACAUCUGAAGGAAAUCCAUUCCAUCGAGGAUAAGUCCAGUGAUGAGCUGGUGGUCCCAGACGCAGCUGCCACUGCUGCAUUGACUAUAGCUGCUCAGAAUAUGGAGGCAGACAACGUGAUCCUGGAGGAUGGGAUUCAGAUGGAGCACAUCACUGUGGAGCCUGUUCAUGUGUUGGGGAUGGAGCAGACUGCGACGGUGGUGGUGAACGAAGAAGGAAUGGCUGAGAUGUGUGAAGAGGACAUGGAGAGACUGAAGCAGGCUGGGGUGGAGAUUCAGGUGGUGCAGGUUGAGAGCCACAUGGUCACUGUGGAGGAGGUGGAACAGACUGUUGAUCACAGACACCACAGAAACUGCAGCGACAACCACCAGUGUCAUCCCCAGGACGGCGGAGAACAGGAGGCUCAGCCAAUGUCAAUGCUCGGCUCUGAUGUUUCCAAAUGUGGUCCGCAGGUGCCGCAGACGGAGCUGCUGAAGUGGCUGCUGAUGCCAGAGCUGUGA